AUGGUGCUUGCUCCGGAAGAUGAGCUUCCUACUUCCGCUGCCCAUGCGCAAUCCGACUCCGAAUCACUGGUUGGCAAAGUCAAGACAGGAUGGAAGCGUUUUGAGAGACAAUUGAUCGCAUACAACAUGGAAGCACGCGGCAUUCAGCGAGUGGAGCCUGAUGAACGGCAUGAUUUGAGGUCUCUGGGCUACAAGCAGAUUGCUGUCAUGUGGUUCUCCAUCAACCUGGCUGCAAACAACAUCACGUUGGGUAUGUUGGGGCCCGCUGUCUUUGGAUUGGGUUUCCUUGACUCUUGCAUGUGCGCUGUCUUCGGUAUGUUCGUUGGUUGUCUUCCAGUCGCUUACAUUGCAACCUUCGGGCCCAUAAGCGGAAACCGAACUAUGAUAUUUGCGCGGUUCGUAAUGGGGUGGUGGCCGUCUAAGAUUGUGGUAAUCCUGAACAUCAUUGUCCUUCUUGGAUACGCUUUGCUCGACUGUGUUAUUGCUGGCCAAAUCUUAUCUGCGGUGUCUGGAAACACCAUGUCCGUUGUGGUUGGCAUCAUCAUCGUAGCUUUGAUUACCUGGGGUGUCACAACGUUUGGAUACCAAGUCUUUCAUUACUACGAAAGAUAUGCUUGGGCUCCUCAAUUGGUCGUACUAUGCAUUCUUGCAGGCGUGGCUGGUCCGAAUUUCAACAUCAGCUCGGCAUCGCACGGCGAAGGUGCAACACUUAUAGGAAACCGCAUCUCAUUCUUUGGACUGAAUCUUGCAGCAGCCAUUACCUACGGAGGUGGGGCCGCCGACUAUUUCGUUUACUAUCCGGAAGAUGCAUCCAGUUGGAAAAUCUUUGGUGCCACAAUGUCCGGUUUGACGACGAGCUUUACGUUCGCCUUCAUCCUUGGGAUCGGACUUGCUUCUGGCAUGCAAACAAACACCGCUUGGGAAAAUGCAUACGGUAUCUCACAAGGAGCACUACUUGCAGAAGGAUACAAGCCGUUGGGUUCCUUUGGCGGGUUCUGUGGUGUGAUUGUCGGAUUGGGGCUCGUCGCUAACCUUGUCGUGCCAACAUAUUCUUCUGGGAUUGAUGCACAGAUCCUUGGACGCUGGGCUUCAGUCAUACCGCGCGCCAUCUGGAAUACCAUCGGUGUCAUCAUCUACACGGUCUGUGCCCUUGCGGGGCGCGCCCAUCUGGCAGAGAUCUUUACCAAUUUCCUUGCGCUCAUGGGUUACUGGGUCUCUAUAUGGAUUGCAAUUAUUCUUGAGGAGGUGCUCAUCUUCCGCAGGAAAACAGGAUUCAAUUGGGCUUUCUGGAAUGAGCAGAAGAAACUUCCUCUUGGAAUCGCGGCGCUGGCUGCAUUUGUGGUAGGCUGGAUCGGCGCCAUUCUUUGCAUGGCACAGCUGUGGUACAUUGGUCCAAUUGCAACUCUGGUUGGUGAUUAUGGAGCUGAUAUGGGAAACUUUGUCGGCUUUGCCUGGGCUGCGGUCGUUUACCCACCACUCCGCAUCUGGGAGAUGAAGAAGUUUGGGCGUUAA